CCUCCAACCUUUCCUUCUCUUUGUUCUUCAUCUUCUUCCAAAUGACAACAAUGAGCUUCAGUUUGGUGGGCGCAUUUAGAGGUCUUUCUUUAUCAACAAGCUCCAAUUCGUUGUUUUUGAAAGGCGAAGUGGGGGACUCAAUUCCCAGAACGGCAACCGUUUCCUUCCCGACCAAAUCCCCGUUCCCUCUCACCAUCGAAUCGGCGCACAAAAAGGGAGCCGGUAGUACUAAAAACGGCCGCGAUUCCAAGGGUCAACGGCUCGGCGUCAAAAUCUACGGAGAUCAGGUGGCCAAACCCGGCGCUAUCAUCGUCAGGCAACGUGGAACCAAGUUUCAUCCAGGGAAAAACGUGGGGCUUGGAAAGGAUCAUACAAUCUUUUCAUUGAUCGAUGGACUUGUGAAAUUUGAGAAGUUCGGACCGGACAAGCAAAAGAUUAGUGUUUACCCACGAGUAGUUCAGCCUGAGAAUCCUAACAGCUACAGAGCAAGGAAGAGGGAGUACUUCAGGAUGCGCCGCGAAAGAAUGAAGGCGAAGAAGGAAGGAAUUCUACUUCGACCCGAACUUGUGCUCGCUUCCGCCGGUGAUGAUGCUACCGAUGGUAAUCCGGUUUGUUGAUCAACUCUGUGAAUACUAUAUCUAUCUUGUACCUUGUCUUUGUAUGGCAACCAGAACUUACAGGUUGGUACCAGGAAAGUGUACAAACUUGAUGUGUCCAAUUUGGCAAUUUUAAUUUCCAGUUUCAUUUGUUA